CCACCAUUACAUCUUGUAUUUUGUUGAUCAUCAAGAAGGAAAUUAUGGAAUCCAUUAACAAAGCGAUGGCUAAGGGAAGUUCUUCGAUUGGAACCAAUAUUCUUCCUGAUAAGUUCAGAGCUUCUUUGCAUUUGGAGCAUCCCACUGUUGAAUGGAGGUAUGGGAAGCCCCCCUCUUAUGAAGCUGCUAAUAAGCUCUUUGAAGAGGGAAGGACCCAGGUGUGGCCAAAAGGAUCUCUGGAAGAAACAGUGCAAAAUACUGUAAAAUCAUGGCAAUCGGAGAUUAACAACAAGACUAGAUUACAGGAUUUCAAGACUAUAAACCCUGAGAAAUUCAUGCUUUAUGUCAAUGGAAGGGAGGGGAUAUCAGGAGAAGAUUUACUGAGGAUGGGGACCUUCAAUGCAUUGCUGAAGAGUUCUCUGCCUGAGGAGUUUGUGCAUUUCAAAGCAGAGGAAGAGACAUUUGAAUCAGCUCAUAAAGAAUUUAAUACUUGUUUUCCAAGAGGGUUUGCAUGGGAAGUUACAGAAGUUUAUUCAGCUCCUCCUUUGAUUGCCUUCAAGUUUAGGCAUUGGGGUUACUUUGAAGGGCCUUACAAAGGCCAUUCCCCCACUGGUGAAUUGAUUCAAUUCUUUGGUAUGAUGACUCUCGAGGUAGAUUCAUUGAUGAGGGCCGAAGAAGUUCACAUCUACUAUGAUCCAGGAGAGCUAUUUGGAGCACUUUUAAAGGCCAAAAAAACCCCCAAAAAUGACAAAGAUUCAGCUGCUUCAGAUGCCUCUGCCUGCCCAUUCUCCCAACUCAAAAAUUAGGUUUAAAAAAAAAAUAAAGCUGGUCUGAAAUAUAUGUUAUGUAACGUAACCUAUCAGUAAUUUCUAUCUGCUAAAUAAUGUCUUUAUCUUGUCUAAACUGAGCUGCAGUAAUUAACAUAUAUCUUAAAUCAAGAGGUUGUGAGUUCAAUCUCCCACCUCGACAUCUUGUACUAAAAAAAAUUAAUAAUGUCUCGCCUUCGCUCUGUACAUACAAAAAUAUAUAUGCCUAAAUAAAAACUGGGUUUUUCUUA